AUAAAACAGUGCGACAGCGCCUUGCAUGUAGUAUAAAGGAUUACUUGCAAACUUGUAAUGAUGAAUAUCUAUUCAUCAGGAACAUAAAACACGCCACUGUCAGAGAUUCAAAGGAUAAUUAUAUUUAUUCAUCAUACAUUUAAGUAAGAAAGUAAGAAAGUAAUCUUGUUUUCAUAAUGCGCUAAUGUGAUAAUGAGGUAUGAAAUGAAAUGGCCUGAUAUCUAUCAGUGCUGGUCAAGCUGGUUACUCUACGUGACUUGAGUGUGGUAACCAUUAGCAACCGUGGCUUGGGUAGACAGACGUAACUCACACCUUCCUUCGCUAAAAUUGGUUGACUUCUGAAAAAGCCCCGCCUUUCCUCGCAGACGAUUGGCUGAUCGGGCUAGUUGUGGGUUGUCCUCUCACCUGACAUUUCUGAGAAUUUCCUUGUGCCUGGCUGGCCCUGAUCUUCGGGAAUGAAGUCCGCACAGUUGCAUUGUGUUUAUACACUUUUGACAAUUUUGACUCAUUUGAGAUUAUGUGUGAGAGUGUGUGAGUGCGUUUGUGUGUGUGUGUUAUGUUUCCACCAUGAGUCUGAAGAACAGGAAGUUCUCACUGGACAGCUCUGUGUUUUGUUGAAUCCAUUCUUCUCUGUGGUCAGCUGUCAGGAUGCAGCGGGACGCUUCAACAGCCGCAGAGGCUCCAACCAGAAGCUCAUUACUAAAUACACAAAUCUAGAGGAUAGUGGACUGACUAUCCAGGAACUAAAUGAAAACCUCAACGAGAACGUAACCGUCAGGGAGAAGACUUCAGCGGAGGAAUGCAUUGACCGGCGAGAUGGGCUUGUCAGCAACAAUAGUUUCAACAAACACAAUAAACACUUCCACAAACUAUUUCAAGAAAUCCCUGAAGGAGAGAACCCGAUUCAUACUUUCAUUUGCGCACUGCAGAAGGAAGUGCUUUACCAUGGAAAACUCUUUAUUUCUGAAAAUUAUGUGUGUUUCUUCUCGUCCGUCCUGCUCAAAGAGACCAAGGUGCUGAUCCCAAUAUCCAGCAUUCAGGAGGUGAAGAAACAUGGCUCAGCUUUUUCCAUGCUGUCGAUACAAACUGCUGACGACGAGAAGUACUUUUUAAUUUCUGUGAAGAACCGAGAGAUGUGCUACAAUCUCCUCCAGCGCGUCUACUCACAUGUACAGGCGAGUGUGCCUGUACAUACAUAAUGCCAUACCAC